CGCGAUCACGGCAGCGCAGGACAGAGGUAGAGAGGCGGAGCUAGAGGGGCGAGGUAGAGGGAGAUCAUCCGGUGGCGCCCAGCAUGGGGGCCGGAGCGCUGCUGAUGCUGCUGGCAGCGGCGGCGGUGGCGGGCAUCACCAGCGCCAACAUCGCCCUCGCCGGCCCAUACGCUUUGAAGGUGGUGGACUUCGGCGCCUGCGACGACGGAGGGGAGUACCCGGGGAUGCUGGUGAACAUUUCGCUGAUCUUCGACGAGGCGGCGAACGAGACGGCGUACUCCGGGGACUUCGUCUACAACUACGACUACUUGGCGGACGACUGCGUGAUGGAGGUCACCGUUUACAAGUGGGGCAGUACUGGUGGAUGGGGUAGAUUUUACAACUUGACCUUCACCAGACCAUUUGACUACUUGGUGACCAACUUCCCGGCCGUGAUGGAGUCUAUCUGGUUUCCGAUGGGGAUCACAAAGAAACCUGUGGCUCCGAAGUCUGCCACUGGUCCUGGAGCAUGUAUAAAAGCUACACAUAGUUUUAUUUAA